GGGAUUCAAACCUCCCAGACGGAACGACCCUCAAAGCUUUACCGGAAGUUGCGCAAGACAACUAGCUAGUUACAAUGGCGCCUCUAGAUUUGGAUAAAUAUGCAGAGAUCGCCAAACAGUGCAAGUACCUUCCAGAAAAUGACCUAAAGAGGUUAUGUGACUACGUGUGUGACCUUCUGCUGGAGGAGUCUAAUGUUCAGCCUGUUUCUACUCCUGUAACAGUAUGCGGCGACAUACACGGACAGUUUUAUGAUCUUUGUGAACUCUUCCGAACUGGCGGCCAAGUCCCAGACACAAAUUACAUAUUUAUGGGAGACUUUGUUGACCGAGGAUAUUACAGUUUGGAGACUUUUACCUACCUUCUGGUGCUGAAAGCCAAAUGGCCGGAUCGCAUAACACUUCUACGUGGAAACCAUGAGAGCAGACAGAUUACUCAGGUUUAUGGCUUUUAUGAUGAGUGCCAGACCAAAUAUGGAAAUGCUAAUGCCUGGCGUUAUUGCACCAAAGUCUUCGAUAUGCUAACAGUGGCAGCUCUAAUGGAUGAACAGAUCUUGUGUGUACACGGAGGACUUUCUCCUGACAUUAAAACCCUCGAUCAAAUUCGGACCAUUGAGCGAAACCAAGAGAUCCCUCACAAAGGAGCCUUUUGUGAUUUGGUUUGGUCUGACCCUGAAGAUGUCGACACUUGGGCCAUCAGCCCGAGAGGAGCAGGCUGGCUCUUUGGUGCUAAAGUCACAAAUGAGUUUGUCCACAUCAACAAUCUGAAGCUGAUCUGCCGGGCACAUCAACUGGUCCAUGAGGGUUACAAGUUUAUGUUUGAUGAGAAGCUGGUCACGGUGUGGUCGGCUCCUAACUACUGCUAUCGCUGCGGCAACAUUGCCUCCAUUAUGGUCUUUAAAGAUGCCAACACGAGAGAGCCAAAGCUGUUUCGAGCAGUGCCUGAUUCCGAAAGGGUCAUUCCGCCCCGGACGACAACACCUUAUUUCCUGUAAGAUGAUAAAACCCACAACAUUCUGUUUGAGUGCACAGACACUGAGGAGAGUGGCGGCAGCACUUGUGAGUCCUUAUGAAUUUUGUAGUGUAAAUUUAGACUAUUUACAGUGCCAACUAUUGUUUAUUCCCCCACUGUACAUUGAAAGCCAUUUAUCUGCAAGUCCUUCAAGCUGGGAGUUUGCUACAUGUUAAAAUGUCAACAUAGUUUGUUGUACACGUUUAGCAUGAUAAAUAUUCUGCAAACCAACUAUAGCUUCAACUCAAGUAAAAUCCACAUUUAAAAUUUCUUUCAUGAAAUAAACAUACUGUCCAUUGACACACACCCUUUUAAUAUUGCUACCUUAGCUGCUGUCUGGUGUUGAUUUUGAUUUUGUUUUUUUUCAUGAUGUGCUCUCCGCUACACAGACUAUAGCUCCUUUGUUCUGAAGUCUUGUGGAAAUAUUUGACAGCUAAGUAAGCUGGAAUCAGCUGUGGAGGUCAAAUGAGCCUCGGAAAAUAUUCAUGUUGUUUUCACGUCUGUUUUACUUUACAAUAAAGAUUUACUCGUGUAAAUA